GAAGAGUAGCCAUGGAAUUUGACACCACAAUCAAGUCGUAUUGGAAAUGUGUGUAGGGAAUACCUGCUUCAGCUAAAGCAAAUAAAUAACGCCUCAAAUUCUGCAAAAGGGCACAGUUACAUUUAACAAGAACAACAAAGCAAAUCAUGAAGGUCAUUUACAUCCUGGUAGCAAUUUGCUUGGUGGCAUUGGCCAAGGCUCAGCCAUUUAGUUUUCCACUCAGUUAUCCCCAUACACCAUACCGACCCUCGCCAUUUCCAUUCCCAAGGCCACAGCCGGUAUGCGGUGUUUUAAACGGGUUCUAUAAGACAUUUUCAAGUUUGCAGGAAUUCUUGGAUACCGUCAAAAAUGGUUAUAGCUUCACAUUCCAUUGCAAUGGACCCUGUCCACCCACCCACAAUCCCUGCUCGACCGUCUAUGAUCCGGUGUGUGCCACAAAUUUGGUAACAACUAAAACAUUCAGUAGUCCCUGCGCCUUGGCCGAGGAAAUUCAAAGAACUGGAAUAACUUGGGUCAAAAUAUCGAAUGGUCCUUGUUCGGUGGGGAGCAGCACAACAGCCGUCCCUUAUGUACCCAGCUCUACGAGAACAACACCAACCACAGCUGCUGAGGUAACAACUCCUGAGCCCACAACUCCUGAGCCCACAACACCGGAGUCCACAACUCCAGAACCCACAACUACAGAAACCACAACUACAGAAGCCACAGAGUCCACAACCUCUGAAUCCACAACACCAGAAGAGACAACGGCCGAAUCAACAACUACAGAAGCCUCAACGCCCGAAACCACAACACUAGAACCUUCAACCCCCGAGACCACAACUGACGAAAACUCAGAAACUACAACUCCAGAAAGUGAGAGUUCAACACCUCCAAUUUUUUCUUUUGCCGCAUUAAAUGAAUUCAAUGAAACCCCUGCAGAAGAAAAGAAUGUCCCAGGCGGUGGAUCAUUGAAUUCCUUCCCAGCUUCACUGUUGGCAUCACCUGUACCAUCUGGCACCGUCAUUUCAUACAGGAAUAAUGUCGACAACAACUAUGCCAUUUAUGCUGAGGGCAAUGUCUUCAAUAGUGAACCUUGUAAAAAUAACCAGUAAAAGCCGAACACAACCCCUUACCCCUACGAUCCGAUAAUGAAAUUCAAUAAAUUUUAAUUAAAAUAUAAAAUAAAAAUAUAUUAAAUAUCGAAAUAUCAAAAUAAA